AUGGUUUCCAUACGCUGUUUCGCCUUGGCCCUUUUGGCUCCGGUCUACCUAUUUGAUGGUGCCACUUCUCAGGCUAUCGGGAAUGACAGUUAUUUUUAUGGCGACUCCCCGCCUGUGUAUCCAUCCCCCCAGGGGACGGGCCUUGGAUAUUGGAACGCGUCGUAUACAAAAGCCAAAGCAUUAGUGGCGCAAUUGACACGAGAUAAGAAGAAUAACUUGACCUAUGGAGCGGACAAAGUAUAUAAUGGAUGCGCAGGAAGAGUCCCUGCUUUACAGAGCGCCAAAUUUCCUGGGCUAUGUCUGCAGGACGCUGGGAAUGGUGUUCGGGGUACAGACUUCGUCAAUGCGUAUCCAAGCGGACUCUAUGUAGGAGCUAGCUGGAAUAAACACCUAACAAAGCGGCUAGCCAACGCGAUGGCGGGAGAAUUCCGAACUAAGGGAAUCAAUGUUGCUCUUGGCCCCGUUGUCGGCCCCAUGGGACGUAUAGCCAAAGGCGGUAGAAACUGGGAAGGUAUUGCCGCUGAUCCAUAA